AUAAGUCGUACUAUAUUUGCGUUUUUCCAUCUCAAAGUCAAAAUGAGUAUUUUGAACGAAAUGAAUCAACAUCUGUUAAGAAUCAGUGUGGCAGGUAUUGCUGCACUUCUAGGAUUGAAUAGUUAUAUGGGAUUCAAACAACACAGAAAAGUCAGAGAAUCGGGAUUCUACAAAGACUCACUGGAGUUGGUCAGGAACUAUCCUCCAGCAGUUCAGCAUUUAGGGGAACCAAUCACAGGAGGGAGGGUAACCUACUCAGACUCCUCAAACACACUGACAGACACAGAUGUUUGUGUGUCAGUACCUCUCUAUGGUCCCAAAGGAGAAGCAGCGAUGCAGAUAUGGUCACGUAGAAAUUCAAUAAAGGAAGACUGGAUCAUUGACAAAUUAGUUCUAAAGGUGCCCAAUAUAGGUGACUGGACAUUUUAUACCAAAGAUGGGCAAACUGGAAAGUAGGAGUAAAUAUCAUUAAUAAAAGUGACUCUUAAUUAAGGUGGUCUGUGAUAUUUGUGAAGAUGAAAUAGGCAGCUCAGUAAUAAAAAUGACAGGAUGGCAGUUUUACCUACCAGAGAUUGGGUAUACAUACAUGUCAAUGACCUGUGAACCCAUCAUGUGAAAAGUUACUGUUUUUAUCGACCCCAACAUUGUGAGUAAUGCAAUGAUCAUGGAGUGUUUUGACAUACCUGAUGGUAUUUUGUGUACUUGUUUUAAAGUUGAAGUUGCUGAAACUUUUAUGAAUAUACAGAAAAUGAAAUGUAUGAAAAAUGUUGAUUUUAAAUAAACUGGAGGAAAAAAA